AUGAUAUCUAACAUUCGCCUCACACAUCUCCUCGUUGCUGCUGCGGCAACUACUGGUGUUGCUGCAAGUGGGCAUGGAUGGACAAAUGGCCCUACUGCAACUGGACCUACAGACGGAGACUUGACCACAAGCUGCGACUAUUUCGCCAAUGAUGUUGCGUCAGGAGAUACUUGUGAGAUGGUGGAAAAUUACUUCGGUAUCACUGAGACACAGUUUGAAAAUUGGAAUCCCGCGCUGAAAGACAGUUCGACAUGUACAUUGAUCACGGGGAGUAGCUAUUGCGUCUCAGGGCCUGACGGGGUAGCCACCUCGGCAGUAACAUCUGAUACGCCCGCUACUACCCUCACCAUUAGUGGAUCUGCUGCACCAGUCCAAACUGGUAUCACCAAGUCUUGUACCAAGUAUCACGAAGUAGUGAAUGGUGAUACGUGCUAUAGUAUCCAGGACCAGUACAUGGGCUUUACCCUAGAGCAGUUCUAUGCUUGGAAUCCUGCUAUCAGCACGGGAUGCAAAGGUCUGGUGGAAGGCGAUUAUGUCUGUGUGCGGAAACAUGGGACGGGAACUUCCACACCCGCCUCUUCCUCGGUCUCUUCCUUGCCUACUCAAUCAGGAGUCAUUUCAAAAUGCAACAAGUGGCACUACGUUUCCGGCAACGACACCUGCCAGUCGAUUCAAUCCGAGUACGAUCUUACUAAAGCUCAAUUUUAUGAUUGGAAUCCAGCUACCGGUGUCAAUUGUACCAACCUGUGGUUCAAGGUGGACGUCUGUGUUGGUGUUCCUGGAUUCACGCCAUCACCAGCCACUACAGCUACUGCUGUAACUGCUAGCACUACAACUGCUACAGGUACUGGAUCGAUACCGUCGCCAGUACAAAGCGGUAUUGCAUCCGAUUGCACAAAGUACUACAAGGUCGUGAAGGGCGAUAGCUGCCAGACUGUUGAGGAGAAAUACGAUAUUACCGCAGUCAACUUUCUUAAGUGGAACCCAGCUGUUGGUUCCAGCUGCUCCGAUCUUGAGGUUAACGUCUACUACUGUGUUGCUACUGCAACUGCUACCACUACAACGGCUACCACUACCACCGCUACCGGUACUGGAUCGACACCAUCACCAGUACAAAGCGGUAUUGCAACUGAUUGCAAAAAGUACUACAAGGUCGUGAAGGGCGAUAGCUGCCAAACUGUUGAGGAGGAAUACGAUAUCACCGCAGCUAACUUUCUUAAGUGGAACCCAGCUGUUGGUUCCAGCUGCACUGAUCUCGAGAUUAAUUUAUACUACUGCGUUGCAGUCUAG